AUGGCGGGAUUUGCUUUGAAAAGACUUAUGGCCGAAUACAAACGUGAGUUUUUUGAGUUUAUUGUGUUUGGAACGUUUAGAAAUCGAUAAAACUGACCAUCAAAAUUGAGAUCAAAGAACAUCUGCCAUAGAGACAGUGAUUCUUUUUUAGUUGUGUGGAUGCGUUUCAAUUUUACUGAACUGUGACCUCAACAACUUUACCGCAAUUUUCAGAGCUGAACGCAAAUCCACCAGAGGGAAUCAUUGCCGGUCCAUCAAGUGAGGACAACUUCUUUGAAUGGAACUGCUUAAUUAGUGGGCCCCCGGACACCUGCUACGAAAAUGGAGUAUUUCCCGCUAGAUUAAGCUUCCCGGAGGUGAGUCAUUGAGAAAUGGUUUAAUUUUGACAACUUAGGUUACUGUAGAAACAAGAGACUAUUGCUAUUGUUCUUUCAGGAUUACCCACUAAGUCCUCCGAAGAUGCGGUUUACAUGCGAUUUAUUCCAUCCCAACAUUUACGCCGAUGGAAAAGUUUGUAUAUCCAUCUUGCACACUCCUGGAGAUGAUCCCACUGGAUACGAAAGCUCCUCCGAACGGUGGUCACCGGUGUUAUCUGUGGAAAAGGUUCUCAUAUCAGUGGUGUCAAUGUUAGCGGGUAAGUGGCGAGGUCUUCUUUCUUAUCGUUUGUUGAAUGUUUUUAGAACCCAAUGAUGCUAGUCCAGCCAACGUGGAUGCGGCCAAAAUGUGGCGCGAGAAUCGGGCGGAAUUCGAAAGACUUGGUCGAGAUCUGGCUGUCCGAACCCUGGCCCAUGCCAAUUCAAUCCCUCCGAAGGCUUCCACCAGUAAACCCCGUCCCUCCGGCGACAACAGUGCUCCAAAAACGAACCCACAAGAAGUUUCCGAGGCUACCCUUCAACCAAAUUCUAAUCCGAAGCCAAGCCCUGAUUCCUUGAAGUCCCCGUCAAACUUUGUCUUUGUCCUGGGCUCCUUGAUAGUUGUUUUCUUCGGGGUGUUUCUGUUUUUCAAGUUCUUCAAGACCUACAAAGUCCCCGCAAUCUGA